GAGUCUCAUGCUGAAAAAGUUUGGGAACCCCUGCUGUAGAGCAUCCACUGGAAGUGUGAAUUGUUGAACUUUAGAAAACAGGUCCUGUCCAUUAAAUACUUGAAGAAGCUAUUGUCCACCUCAUGCAGGAAGUGUGGCAGCAAAUUACCUGGCAACUGAGUUGGUCUUCGGUUUCUUCAUUCCAGAUCGCCAUGAUGUAAAAUAAAUUCUUGCGUCCAGGUGAGAUGAAAAUGAAAAAUAAUAGCCCUCUGUGUGUACCUUCUUCACUUCCGUUUUGCUUCUCAUGCACUGAUUCACUAAGCUGAACAGCCAAUCAGAGUGAUUUAUUUUGCCGACAGCCUUUUGCCGACAGCUCCCCGAUUCGACAUGUUGAAUCGGGGGCGGAAGGUGUCGGCACGGCCGAAAAGACACAACGGUGCGGUACACACCAAUCUGAGUAGGGCAACACGACGCUCAUCGACAGCCCCACAUCUAUCGACGGCCUGGUGUGUUGGGGCCUUUAAAGUGAAACCUCAGCAGUUAAUGAGCAAACGUCUGAUGUGUUUUGAUGUUUUUUCCUUUCAGAGAAUCAGGAGCCCUCGCCGCCGACUAGGGCCCAGAUAAAAUAUGUUUUGUUCCACAACUGUAUCCCCUUUAUUGGAUUUGGCUUCCUUGAUAAUGCCAUCAUGAUCGCAGCAGGAACACAGAUUGAACUCUCUAUCGGAGUCACUCUCGGAAUCUCCACCAUGGCUGCUGCUGCAUGGGGGAACCUGAUUUCAGAUCUGGCCGGUCUCGGUCUUGCAGGUUAUGUGGAGGUUCUGGCGACCAAAUUUGGGAUGCAGGGUCCAGAACUGACGCCCAAACAGGCGGACAUGUGGCAGACCAGGGUCAGCUCACACAUGGGUAAAGCCAUCGGAGUGUCCAUCGGCUGUAUCUUGGGGAUGUUCCCGCUGUUCUUCCUGGAUGAUGAUGAGGACAAAGAGAAAGCACAUCCCCGCAUAGACACAGUGUCACCGUCUUCAUAACCAGCCACUACACUGCACACUUACAGACUGGAUACUGCUGAUGUCAACUUUAAAAAAAAGAACAAGUAUUUACAGCUGGAUGUUUCUCUGUCUUCCUGCUCAGGCGGCGUACACACCUCUUCAGUCUGUAAACCAUUGCAAGCUGUUUGUGUUAGCUGAUGAGAUUCAGUUCACAAGCCCUUGUAGCUUCUUCCUAACACCAUGCUGUGUUCACUGUCUGCUCAAUCAACUCAUGCCAUCUGUUAGCUCAACAUGUCAAUACAAUGGGUAUUCUCUCAUUUCAAUUCACACAUUUGACAUGUUGAGGGACAGACGCUCCAGGGACCCAUCAUCCAUUCUUCUUUUUCACCGUGAGAAAAGAAGCUUUUAUUUAAAAGGAACAACCUUUUAUUUAUUUGUGAGGGUCCACAUAAUGUUAGUAGACACUUUCAAUAAUAAUAUUGAAUGAGCCUGUCUCAAGCACUUUUAAAAUCUUACAUUUUCUUAAACAAAUAUAUUAUGUAGUCACAAUCACAUCUGAUUCAGGUCUGUUUGAUCUGCACAGCAUAGCACUCUGUCCUCAGACCCCUCAGUAAAUAAGGAAAGCCCACCCCAGUACUAACAGAUGAAUCACUUUUAGUGGACGCUGCGAAACCGCUUAAACUACAUUCAGCCUGUUCUUGUUCUUAUCCAAUCAUUACGAAGUCAAUCAUUUUCCCCAUUAGUUACUUAAACACAAAGACAUGGUGGAAAUGAAUCUGAUGAGUCUCAGCGUGGAUUCAUGCUCUCUCGUCAGCAAAUACUUUAAUUACACGUGUGCCAACAAACUCAAUUAAGUACAGUUUCCUCGUCAAUAACAGGGCCACCAGCUAACUUUUUAGUACCGCAACAAUCUCAUGUAAACUUAGAUUCUUGCAUGCAGUGUAGUACUGUGUGUACACAUUCUAAUUGGUGAAAACGCCACCACUUACCGGAUCAGUGCUCUACAUUGGCAGAUUCCUCAGUAUAUGAAUCCAUAUCAAGGGGGAGGAGUUACCGAUGCAGAACGCUUCAGCCUUCUUAGUCCCAGCCUGAGAUCCACUAACUGGAACCUUUGUCCCCUGUUGUUAAGAGCAAUCGAUAGUGUAGAUUAGAAGCUCAUUUAUUGUUAGAAAUGAAAAGAUUUGGUUGUCAUUGGAAACCAAUGUGUAUUAAGUCCCAGUUUUUGACACAGAUCAAAUAGCUUUUGUGAACGCUGCCUGCGCGGCUCUCAGGAUGGGAAGUGCUCACAACACCUGCACACUACAGCUGGUUCAAAUAUCAGCUUCAGCAGGUUCAUAAUAAUAUUCUUUAUUAGACCCCCUCCUCUUGUCCACAGAGGGGUGUGAGUUGCCAUCACACAGAAACAUCCAGGUGUGAGGGGUCCCAUCCUGACGGUAGAAACAUGCAGCAUGUUCAGGAACACUACUUCAUGUUCAACAGACAACCUGAGGCUUGUGUCCUUUUUAUUUUUGAACUAACUUGUAAAGCAGUACAUGGAAUAUGAUGGGACACUUUAUACACAAACCAUUUGGGUCAAAAAAGGAAAGCGUUUCUCAGCGUUCAGUGCCCACUGCUACCCUCGAUGGGAAUAUGUGUCUGUGUUUUGCAUGAAGAACUGAUGUAGCUCUAUAAUCAAAUGUUUCCUGGUCAGAUGGUUUUUAAUAUGCUGGAAUAUCUUCAAAUGUCUUGUACCGGUUGAAGGAGGAUCAUUGGCGAGGCUCUGAAACUGAAGUUGCUCAUUUCAGUUUUGGGCUUUACCUCUUUGUUUUCCAAGGUCUUCUUUGUAUCUCUGCUUGUCUUUCCGCUCCAUCUUUUCUCUUAUUUCUCUUAAGGACGCUUGAUUUGGAUCCAGCCAUCUGUGUAACGCUUCUCUUCUUAGGUUUUCUGCUCCAUCAGACUCGUAGCUGCAGAUGGUUGGAUUUGCCACAAACAAUAAGAGCGUGCAGUCUCAAACUGUCUAGCAUAUACCACGAGUCACUUCAGUAGGUUUUAUUGGUUUCUACAGCUCAGACCUUGUCUUUCUAAAAUGUGUAAUCCCUCUCUCUUUGCUUCUCUCUCACUCCAGCUUUCUGCUCAUAUUCAAGGUGCUUUUUGUAAAUACAGUGAAUCCAAUUGAUCCUUUUGCUGGCUGCAUCUGAAACCAAUCCCUAUUCACUCCUUAUUUCAAUUUCCAUUUUGUAAUGGUGCAACAGAAUAUUAUUUUCACUUUUGAUUUUUAUGGAUCAACAAUUAUUCAUUAUUUGAAUCAGAAAAGAAGAAAAAUAAAUGUUGGGGAUCCUAGACAAAAGUAAUUGCCUAAAAUACAAGAAUCUUACAUUCUAAAUACUCACAUUUUAGAAUGGCACUACUUAGGAUUCUUUAUGUAAUAUGUAUGCACUAUAAUUUGCUCUAAAAAUAUCCCACAAUGCAUCAAAACAAAGUAGAGUCCACGGCAAUUAUUUUUUGAUUAUCCUAAAUAGCAAAGCCUAACAUUUGAUAGAUGCUUAAAUAACAUUUCUACCACACUACUGCUGAUGCAUGAUGUUUUAUUGUCCCAUAAAUGAAUGUUGAAAUGGAAUCUCAAGCAUAGCUUUCCCCCAGUAUUCCUGAUUACUACAUAUUCAAAAGGAGAGAAAUACUGCUUAUUAGUUUACAUAAACAUAUCAACUAUAGUUAUAUUGUUGCACACAAUUGUAUAAUCAUUUAAGAGCAGUAACAUUCUGGUGUUGCUAAUGGGAAAAUAUGUAUUUAUUUGUUGCCUUAUUUCCUCUUUGCGUCUCUGCAGUUGCAACAGUAACAUGAAGGGUUAACCCAUCACUUUGUUUCUAUGAACCCUCAACUGGCUUUGACCCUAGCAGAGUGCACCGGUCAGGAGGAAGGACAGCAGGAGUUAUGUUAAUGCCUUGAAAGGUUUGAGAAAUGCCUAAACGCUAAAAUGUUGUGAUAUUGAUUGUGAUGCAGGGAGGAGACGUGUUCAUCUUCAGAGGGAUGAGGACACAAAUCCUCCAAUGAAAAAGGAAUGAAGUGCAGGAGAUGAUAAGGAAUGUUGGGAAAUAAUGGAACCUCUGAGUUCAGACUGACUGGAGACAGAAAUGUUUCAAAAAUAUUGUAAUGAGUGUUUGGAUUCCAUAUUUAACUUUGUCUUUGGUUUUACUGUAAAAGCCGCGAGGGAGUUUGAAGAGAUUUAUCGAGCAGAACAAGAAGCAAUAUCUGUUUGAAUCAUGUGCUAAAUAAGGAGUAACUCAUUAAUAAUCAAUGUUCUCAGACACGUGAACUUGAAUGUUUUUGUAUCAUCUCAUGUUUAUAUCACGUCGUGUAAUGUUUUCUAACAGGAUGUUCAGGCCUGUGGUGAACACAUUUGAUUGUUUUGUAUUCCUCUAGAGAUUUUGAAGCAUAUAAACAAAGUAUAACCUCUUAAUGAAUGCUGUGUUGUGCUGCCAUCUGUGGACCAGCAGCUGUGCACCGAUACGUGUAUGUACUCUAGCCAGUCAUGUGGAAGGACUGAUUAUACAGUAUGCAUUGUGGAACAUAAUGUGCAAUUUAAACUCACGUAAUAAAUUUAGGAGUGUUACCUCUGACUCUG